AUUUGAGGUAACGGGACAUUCGACUUGUUGAUGUUGAGCUGGCAUUCAGGCUUUGAUGUAGAGUAGUUUGGAGGCUUGGUAAGGAGAGCUCAUGAGGUCAUUAACAUGACACUGCGGAGAGUGAACGUGGCCCUUCUUGUGCUCUUAGCAGUCGCCUUCCUGAUCAUCGUGCAAAGAAAUCUUCUACAUCUCAAUGACUUUUUGAGGAGAGAGAAUCCAGAUGCAGUCCCCGGUGUAGUUCUCCCUUUUGAGGCUGAGUUCUCCCCAAAUCUCAGGCCAGAUCCUGUCCGAGCUGGGGAAGAGAUCCCAGUGGUCAUCACUGCAGCUCAAGAGAGAGUGGGUGCUGCUGUGGCAGCCAUGAAUAGCAUCUACCAGAACACCAUGUCAAAUGUUGUUUUCUACAUUGUGACUAUGAACGACACAGUGGAUCACCUAAAGCUGUGGCUGAGCAAGACCUCGCUAAACAGUGCCAAACAUAAGAUUAUUGUAUUCGAUGCCUAUAUUCAUGCUUUGAAGAUUCCCGAAGUUCCUGAGAGAAUGAAAUCUCUAAAACCGUUGACGUUCUCCCGAUUUUACAUGCCUACGUUGGCACCUGACGCAGAAAAAGCCAUUUAUUUGGAUGACGAUGUUAUUGUACAAGGGGAUAUCAAAGAAUUGUUCGACAUGAACCUGAAGUCAGGCCAUGCAGCUGCCUUCUCAGACGAUUGUGAUUCUGCAUCCUCCAAGGGCAUCAUCAGAGGGGCUGGAAAUCAGAUUAAUUACCUCGGCUUUCUGGAUUUCAAGAAGGAUUCCAUUAAAAAGCUGGCAAUGAGAGCCAAUACUUGUUCCUUCAACCCCGGAGUAAUCUUAGCUAACCUGACUGAAUGGAAGCACCAAAACAUCACCAGUCAGCUGGAACACUGGAUGGAGCUCAAUGCACAUGAGGAUCUGUACAGUAAGACCCUGGCAGACAGUAUCACCACCCCACCUCUACUCAUCGUCUUCUACAAACACUACUCCCCCAUCGACCCCAUGUGGCACGUCAGGCAUCUUGGAGCGACUGGUGCUGGAAACCGCUAUUCCUCCCAGUUUGUUAAAGCAGCCAAGCUCCUUCAUUGGAACGGACAUUAUAAACCCUGGGGCAGGACAUCCUCGUUUUCCGACAUAUGGAACAAGUGGUAUAUUCCAGAUCCUACCGGGAAAUUUCACCCAAUCAGGAAACAUGAGUAGACUGGAGCAAGUAUCUCCGCAGUAAAGUUGUCCAUCCCAGCAGGUUCCCAGCAAGCCACCUCUCAGGAACUGAACCUGUUUUUUUUGCCUUCCUAAAGAACACCUUAAAUUCUACGUCUGCCUGUUCUUACUCAACUUGAUGUAGAGGUUCACUAUACCUUUCCAGUUGCACAAUGGUAGUGUCAGUGUACUCACAUCAUUACCUCCAUUUUGAGUAUUUUACUACAAACCACUACUUGAUCUGGUAUAAGCUUAUUUUGCAUGUCAUGGGUCAAUUUUCAACCUUUACAGUUAAGUUAACAGUUUUACCUGCCUGUUUUGUAAGAUGCAAAUGCUGAUGUAAAUAUUUGUACGGUGUCCUUUGCACAAGACUAAAUAAAACCAUUUGCAAUUUUC